AUGGAGCGCCCAGCAAGUCCCGCGCCGAAAAACAGAAUGCCAAGGAAGCUGAUUCUUUGUUUCGAUGGCACCGGGAACAAGUUCCAUGGCGAUGAGAGCGAUAGCAACAUCCUCAAAAUAUUCCGUAUGCUCGAUCGCACUGCGGAUGAUCAGUUUCACUACUACCAGCCUGGUAUUGGCACUUACGUCGUGUCCAACUCACUUACACACACGGGCAUGAAAGCGCGUUUUCGGUCCUGGUAUCAGAAGGCCAAGGACUCAGCAGUCGGUUCCUCCUUCGAUCAGCAUGUCGUCGGCGGUUACCGCUUCCUCAUGCGGUUUUACAAUCCGGGGGAUGAGAUUUACAUGUUCGGCUUCAGUCGCGGCUCGUACAUUGCCCGCUUUCUGGCCGAGAUGCUCGACUACAUCGGCCUCUUGUCCCAUGGCAACGAAGAAAUGGUUUCUUUUGCCUGGAAGGCAUUCGCCAACUGGCAGAGUCGCCGGGGCAGUGACAAAGACGACAAGGCGGAGGGUGAGGACGGAAAGAAGCACGAGAUGUAUCACUUCAUGAAGGGCUUCCGCGAGACCUUUUCGCGACCCGUCGGCAGAAUUCGAUUCCUGGGCCUCUUCGACACAGUGAAUUCUGUACCUCGGUUUGAAACAGCCUGGAUGCAGCGCAGCAAGUUUCCAUAUACGGCGCGGAGCAGUGCUAGAGUCAUCCGCCACGCCGUCAGUAUCGAUGAGCGACGGGCCAAGUUCCGGCAAGACUUGAUGUAUCAGCAGGGAAACAAGCGCCAUCGCAACCAGCACAGCCACUGGAAGAGGGAUUGGGAGCACAUGAUGGGCCACGGGCGAGAUGGCGAUUCCGGCGCAGAAUCAGACAGCACCGAAAGAGCGUAUAACGACGACAGAGGCAGACGGCCCAGUCAGCAGACGACAGCAGCGGACAGACCUACAUCGGGGAAGCCACAAAACAGCAAGUAUAUGCCAUACCGAGCCAGGUCGAAGUCUGCGACCCGGGGAGAUCGCCGUUUGUCGGUGGGCUGCGACGCCUCGGAGCAGCUUUCUGUUGCUGAAUAUGAAGAUAGCGGUAAUGACCAAGACAUUGACGAGGUGUGGUUUGCCGGUGGCCAUGGCGACAUUGGCGGUGGAUGGCAGAUGGAGUCUGACGGCAAGAACGCGAGCCAUGUGCCCCUGAUUUGGAUGGUACGAGAAGCUAUGCGUGCUGGCUUGAUGUUCGAUAUGGACAAGGUCCGGGAACUAGACUGCUGCGACCUGUACAACGACUAUGGCAGCGCCAGCUUCAACAAAGGCCAACGAGGCCGCGAGAGAGGGCCCGACAUUCGGGUCAACCAGGAGGGUGGAGAGGAACAAGAACCUGUGAUGCCUCCCAGUCCAGACACUGUCGCAGAUGAAGAUGAGGAGAAGAAGGUAUUCCUCGACAUGAUGCACAAGGCUCAUCUCGCCCGGAUCCACGAUUCCCUCGAAUACGGCGGUGGUCUCCCUGGAACGGCCGUGACGGCAUGGAAAAUCAUGGAGUGGAUGCCAUUUCGACGGAUGGACCUUCAGUCGGACGGAACUUGGAAGCCCAUCAACUGGCCGCUGCCGCGCGGCGAAGUGCGAGACAUUCCCAACAAUGUGCGCGUUCACGGCAGCGUCAUCCGGCGCAUGAAGAUGGACCCGACGUAUCGCCCCGGUAAUCUGAUCAUAGGCGGAGGCGGUCGAGGGAUCCGAGUUGCGCCUGAAGAGUACGGCAUAGGAGAGUGGGUGUGCGUGCAGGAAGAGGGCGACCCGAUUGGUGAGAUUUGGAUGCGCAAAGGCGAUCCUCCGAAGCUGGACAUUGAUCUCUCUCUAAACGGCCGAUCCCUCACGAUGCCCGUACCGACUAUCUUCUACCUCCUGGAGAACGGCUUCCCCCCCGUCAUCCGCGACAAUGCCCGGCCCAUCCUGCUCACCAUCGGCACUAUCGCCUUCCUCGUCCUGCUGAAGCUCUACACCUCCGGCCGGACGAACACCUCUGAGCGCAACCUCCAUGGAAGGGUCAUUAUGGUCACUGGCGGAACGAGCGGCAUAGGGGCCCAAGUGACGCAGGAGCUGGCAGCUCGCGGUGCUCAGCUCGUCCUGCUGACGCAGGUCCCGGCCUCGGACCCGUUCCUCGUCGAGUUCAUACAAGAUAUCCGGGACAACACGGGCAACCAUCUGAUCUACGCGGAACAAGUCGACCUCUCGAGCCUGUACAGCAUCAGGAAGUUUGCUACUAAAUGGGUAGACAACGCCCCGCCGCGGAGACUGGACAUGAUUGUGCUGUGCGCAUCGACCCUGACGCCACCGGGAGGAAAGAGAACCGUUACCGAAGAUGGCAUUGAAGAGAUGUGGAUGGUCAAUUACCUCGCCAAUUUCCACUUGCUGAGCAUCCUCAGUCCUGCCCUCAAGGCACAGCCCUUUGACAGAGACGUGCGCGUGAUCAUUGCGACAUGCUCUUCGUACAUUGGCUCUCCCUCUUUGAAAGACGGUCUUGGAAACGUUGAAAAGGGCUGGUCUGCCGGGUCUGCCUACGCACGCAGCAAACUUGCCCUCAACGUGUUCGGCUCCUAUUUUCAGAAGCACCUGGACUCGUACAAACGUCCCGACCAGCUGCCCAUGAACACCCGCGUCAUCUUUGUCGAUCCAGGUCUCAGUCGAACGCCGGGCACACGGCGAUGGCUCACUCGAGGCUCUCUCUUUGGUCUUGCGCUUUACCUGAUUUUCUACGCCAUCCCGUGGUUCUUGCUCAAGUCGCCCAGAAAAGGUGCCCAAUCGAUUCUCCACGCCGCAAUGGAUGAGAACCUCGGACGCGGCAGCGGUGGCAAGCUGAUCAAGGAGUGCAUGGAGGUGGACUUUGCGCGGAGGGAGAUUACAGACGACGAGGUGGCCAAGAAGCUGUGGGAGGAGAGCGACGCCCUGAUUGAAAAGACGGAGAAGAUCGCGGCCAAGAAGAGGUUGCAGAAGAAGGAGGAGCAGAAGGAGAAGGAAAAGGUAGAAGAGGUAGAGAGCUUGGUGGAGGCCAUUAAAAAGGGAAAAGAGAAGCAGAAGGAAAAGGAAAAGCAGCAGAAGGGAAACGGCAAGGGCGGCAAAAAGAGUAAAUGA